AUGACUCUUGUUUUCAACUCUCCGCUUGGAAGCCUCAUCCAAUCUCAGUUUGGCGUCAACGAGAUUGCUUCCUCGGUUCUUAUUGGCAAAACCAUCGGAAAUGUUCUCAGUCGUGAUGCAGAUACGAAGACCAUCAGCAAUCUCGCCGCAGGGUUUCGCGUAAAUAAUCGACCAAUACCUAAGUACCUGGAGAGCGUUGCGUUUGACCGAUCCGGCGUGUUACUUGGAGCUAGGCAGAGGAGAAUUUCAGUCCCCAACACCCUCGGCGGCGUGUACUGGCUUGUGACGAGCCCGAGACUCGAGCCGACAGAAGCAGGGCUUCCUUACGCGACUCGUGAGCUCCUUCGGACCUUCGUCCAGGGUGUCAUCGACGCAGAUCGAGAGUCACAACAGUGGAACAAAACAAGGCUGUUGAUGGCAAAACUUGUUGCCCAAGUUGGUGACUCUGCAUUUCUAGACUCCAUCUCCGCACCAUCUCAAACCCGGAUCGAGGAGCUAAUUCACUUCCUACUUGGAGACUUGGCAAAUCAAAUUCAGAAGUCGGCUUCGGAAUUGUAUCCUACCUUCGAUACAUUCUCGGCGGGGGUCGCAAUGGUUGCUUUGGCAGCAGCUUCCAACGGCGCCUCGAUUAAAGUUCAGUGUUUCAAGGACAAGUACCAUCCAAUUGUGCUUUCGGAACCUCCCCAAUCACCCGUAGAGCCCCGUGGAGCAUCAGUCUCAAUGCUGCAGGUCAAUCUUUGGCUCACUGAACCACCACCGGACAUCGCAGAACGUCUAAGAGCGAUUCAAAAUAAUGAGGAUGCUCACCCUCGAAUAAUAAUACCAAUAGUAGGUGGCAUUUCCGAAGUAUCGAUGGUAGUUGCACGAGAGCUCCAGGGCUCUGAAGAGCCUCUUGAAUACUGGAAGCUGGGACUUCAAGCAGGCCGAUCCUUAGACUGGGAGGUAUUUGGUCUCGAUGCAGACGCAGGCCCUGGUUUUGGUUGCCGAAUCACCGAGGAGUCUUUAGUUGACAAGAUGGGGGUCCAAAGCUUUCCUAACAGUUUGCGGAGGCACGCGAAGAAGUAUUUGCCGCAUGUAUCAUCGGCGGAUAAAAGACGUCGGAUUAUUGAAAAAGCAGCCUCGAUCUAUCACAAAGUUAUGAACUAUGCAGACUACGACGAUGACGACGAAAAGACCUUGCACCUAACUCUGCGUUUCAUCAUUCUGGCCAUCUUCGUUGGAGCUAUGGAAAAAUUGGCAACAAAUACAACAGCCACCCUAGCUGAUUAUGCCUGGACCUGUGAUCUGGAACAGCUGAACAGUUUCGCUGAGGCGGCUGUUUCCAAAGGGAUUUCCUCCAGAGAUGUCAUCUACUGCGCGGCCCGCAUCUGGGGUGGAAUGACACGAUCUCUUCCAACUGAGAUUGCAAGACACCAGAAGGUGCUAGGGAUUGUAUGUCCUCAAGUCACCAUCCUGAUGAAUAUCCUUUCCAAUGCGGACGAUAUAGCGAAAUACGGCCUGGAUAAAGGACUGUUUACAUUGCACCGCGGCUCUGUUCCCAUCCUCCCGAGACACCCCGAGACAGGUCUUAUCUUAGCUGGGGAGAAGCGAUCUCGCCACAAAAUUGCCCAGGUUAGAUCCGCUCCGCCGUCGGAUCUUGAAAUCAGCGUACAGGGACUGCCCGACAUAUCUAAGUAUGUUGAAUCUGCUCCAGUUUCAGACGAUGGAGAAGCUGUUGUGGAACGGCUGAUUUUCACCGUAGAACCGACUACCGGAGAUAACGGUGUCAUGUGUGCUUUAUUGUGUGCCUGGCAGCACGGGGAAGUCAUAUUGGAGCUCAAUCCUUAUACAACUCUCUUCAAUCUGACGCACAAUAGGGGCCUGGGCUUAGGUCGGGAGGGAAAGAUGACAGAGAGAAUUGUUGAAGCCCGCUCACGCGACAAAGUAGAGUACAUACCAAAUCUCAGUUUUCAAGGCCGCCCAGUCGUCGCGAGAGUGGAGACACCGGAGAUCAUUAACAACAUCUCCCCGAAACACCUCUUAUCUUUUAAGGGCGGAUUCAAGGUUGCAAACGGGUUGUCGAUUGUCAGAGUAGGUUCAAGGACCGAUCUUCAGAUCGCGGCUGCUGGAUCUAUCUCCGGGACACACACCAUCAUGAUCGCAGAUGACGAAAGUGCCCAACUUAUACGAGACAACCAAAAGUUAGACGAGUACAACCAACCGAUUCUGUGUCUAAACUUAGAAAUCCGAGGUGGUAGCAAAGCAUUUCGUUUCGGAGGAACUGCCAUUAUAUUUGGUCAUGAUGAUCUCCCCUCACUGCUAGGACCAACCAAUUAA